AUGGUCACUCUUGUUUCUUCAGACGGCGUCUCGUUCAACGUGGACCAGAAGGUUGCGUCGCGAUCGGCCCUCAUCAAGAACAUGAUGGAGGACAUUGGAGAGGACGCCGGCGAGAUCCCCGUCCCCAACGUGUCUUCCAAUGUGCUCAAGAAGGUGAUUGAGUACUGCACCUACCACAAGGACGACCCUCUUCCCCAGAGCGGAGAGGACGAGGGCACUUCGGCCGCCGACAAGAAGAAGAGCACCGUGAUUGACGACUGGGAUUACAACUUUCUGCAGGUGGACCAGGAAAUGUUGUUUGAGAUUAUUCUGACCGCAAAUUACCUGGACAUCAAGCCCCUGCUGGACGUGGGCUGCAAGACGGUGGCCAACAUGAUCAAGGGCAAGACCCCCGAGGAGAUUCGACGAACCUUCAACAUUGCCAACGACUUCACUCCUGAGGAGGAGGCCCAGAUCCGACGAGAGAACGAGUGGGCCGAGGACAGAUAA